UCUGGCAACCGAGCUCAGAGCUCCGCCGGGCUGGGCUCAGCUGGGAGUCCGCCGGUCUCCCCGAAAGUGACAGAGGCUUUCGUAUCGCGCAAGCCCCCUCCUGGUCGCCCCGAGAGCCCCCUUUUUCUGGUGCCUCGUAGGGAUGCUUUUGGUGGUCCUCGUGUUCCUGCUGCCCACAGUCUCGGAUGCCUGUGGUGAUCCACCAAGGUUUGAAACUAUGAGGCUCCAGGGUGCUCCUAAACCCAGGUAUCGUCCUGGGGAACGUAUACAAUAUGACUGUCGCCUAGGUUUCAAGCCCAUAAUUCCUCUUCGUUCCAGAUCUGCUGUUUGUGAGGAUGACAAUACAUGGUCAGCUCUCGAGGAGGCCUGUACAAGAAAAUCAUGUCCUAAUCUGGGAGAUCCAAUGAAUGGUCAAGUUUACUUUGUCAAUGGAAGUAUUCUGUUUGGUUCACAGGCUCACUUUGUUUGUAAUCAGGGUUUUUAUCUGAUUGGAGAAAGAAUUCUACAUUGUGAAAUUUCUGAAAACAAUGUGAGCUGGAAUGAUGAUUCCCCAAUGUGUGAAAGGAUUUUGUGUUCCACACCUGGAAAUAUAAAAAAUGGAAGAUUUACCAUUUACAAGGAUGAAUAUCAAUAUAAUGAAAUAGUUACUUAUGUGUGUGAUCCUUCAAAUGGACCAGAUGAAUAUUCUCUUGUUGGAGAGAGCAGGCUUGUUUGUGUUGAUCAUGACAGAUGGAGCAGUGACCCUCCAGAGUGUAAAGUGGUCAAAUGUGACUAUCCAGUUGUUGAACAUGGAAUGAUAGUAUCAGGAUUUAGAAGAAAAUUUUACUACAAAACGCAAGUUGUAUUUAAAUGUAACCAGGGUUUCUCCCUUCAUGGCAGCAGCACAAUUGUCUGUAACGCAAACAGUACUUGGGAGCCCACGAUACCAACGUGUACUCAAGCGCCAGUUGCUGCUACUACUAAGCCUUCCACUACCCAUGCCUCAGGUCCUCAUCCAAAUACAACUACAGUGUCAAGUUCAACAGGUCUUCAUCCAGCUACAACUACAACAUCAAGUCAUGCAGCAUAUGUCUCUCCAACGGUUGACUUAGAGCCUGACUCUUUUGAGGACUUCGAUGCAGCAGUCAUUGGUGUGAUUAUUCUUUCUGUGCACACACUGCUCCUGCACUCCUAAUAGACCACGGGAUGGUAUAAACAGAACUUCUAUCACACUGGAAAAAACAAACAAUUCCUGUGACUCGGUUUAUUGGGAUAAAUCACUUUAACAAGCUACUCCAGAAUCAAACCCAUGGAUGUCUCCAAGGUAUGCCUGUAUAUCAAUUAUGUCUCAGUGAAAACAGAAGGGAAAAAGGCAAUCAACAAAAGUUAUUCUCUGGUUUCUUUCACUCUGAUGAAUGCAACUACAUCACAAUGCUAACAUUUUACUGUGGGCUCGAAUGUGGUCACCAUCCUU